ACGCCGGCCAUGGCGGGGAGAGCCAAGUCCAGAGGCCCCAGACAGACGCCCAGCAAUCUGGAGUCUGGUCUGGGACGCGACUCCGCACGCAAUAAACUGCCGUCCAUCAUUGCUUAUGAAGAGGAUGAAAAAGAGUCACUGGCUUGGAAAUAUCUUUCUCUUACCCAGAUGAUUGAUCUUAACCAAUUAACUUUGGAGGGCGUUGAAGAAAGGUUGAGAGAAUUUCUAGAUCUUAGAGAGUGCCAGAUCUCUUUGAAGGAUGGCAUUAUCUUGGAUUAUUAUGUCUCUGGGUAUUGGUGGGCCAAAGAGCAGAAUUUCACCAUGAAACAGAUAUCCAGCUUCAUGACACUAUUAAGAGUAAUUCUGGACAAUGUCAGUAACAAACGCCUGCCAUUGACGGAUAAUGUAAAGGAGCUUGUGAAAGUCAUGUCAGGAAAUAACCAAUCAAGUUCACAACCAAAUGAUGUGAAUUUCCCCAAUGAAGAGUCCAAGGCUAUUAUUAAUUACAUAAAAAUCAGUUUAUUUCAGCACUACAAACUAUAUGAAUUUAUUUUCACACAGAUUCCAGAUACAGAAAUUCUAAGAACAGAGCUUGAAGUUGAACUUGUCAUGCCACCAGACCCUUUCCCCCUGCCAUUGGAAGAGGGUAUAUCCUGGGAUAUCUUUGCCUCCUUUGUACAACUACCACUCAAAGAUUCGGAACUUGAGGAUGCACAAGAGCAUGAGGAGAGUAAGGAUACCACAGAUAUUACUACCAGGGAUCGCUUGGCAUCUUACACUAUAGAUGAUGUCAAGUUAGUGCUUGGUCAAGUAACAGCAGACGUGCUUGGGAGGGUCGAGACUGAGAUAAAUGAAAAGCUACACAAGCAGGAAGAGGCCUAUAGUGCAAGGAUCGAAAAACUGAAAAAUCCCUGAGGCGAGUUACAAAAAGUAACUGUCAGCAUUCCCUACGUAUCACAACUCAGCAAGAUAUACAAUUUGUCUUUUGCAAGUUAUUUGUUUCCAUGUAUUAACUUAUUCCAAAGUGUGUAGUAAAAAGAAAACCUUGAAGGUAGAUAAACUGAUGUCUACUUCUACCUAAAAGUUACUAUCUUGGUAUUCUUCAAAAAAAAGUAUUUGCUGACAGGGAAGAGCCAUGAGUCAUUUUGUCACUGUGAUAAACUGUAUGUGACAUAAUGAUAUGUUUUGACAUGAUGUGUAUCAUUGUAUCUUGCUAUAAAACAAGUAAAAACAUGUUUACUAACACUUUUUCAUGAAAAUGUUGCCCAUUGAUAUCAUUGUCCUUGCAUUUGAUAGAGUCUUAUCACGUCU